GACCUGGUCAGGUCUACAGUAACGCCAAGUUGAAUCUAUCCUGCUGCUGAUGCCAUAGUCGCCGAAGCGGCAAUGGGUGGAUGGAUGAGCUAAAGAUGGCGGUUGCGCAGCUCGGCAAACAGUUUAAAGACCAGCCAUAACCCUAGUGAGAGGCAUCACGGUAGCGUGCUGAAGAACCUCUUUCGUCUUCUGCAUUCUAAGGUCGGGUUGUAGUUUCCCGAUGGCAUGAGUACGUGCAAUCGCCAUCGACUUGGUAGUUCUCACUUGUCAAGGGUUCAGUAGCUGUCGUUUGUGAAAGUGUACUCGGUCCAUGAAAUGCUUCAGCUGUCUGUCCAGGUGCUUUCGUAUUGAUAUUUCAUUUUAAAUUCGUUUGAGUAGCUUUUUGGCUUUUGCGCUGCAUCCAAAUCGUCAAAGGUUUUCUUUUCAGAUCUACUGGUGGCACAGUUUAUUGUAGUCAACAGGGUCUCCUGCAGGGAUAAUGAUCUCAGUGCCAGCUCCCCAACGCCAAAGAUGAAAAUCCCUGUGGAAUCAAAGGAUCUGCCUCCGGAUUUCGAGCCUACGGAGUGGAAAGAUGAAUUGGCGAAGAGAAGGCCCGAGCAAAUGGUGCAGUACAUGGUCGAGGAAGGUAUAGCGGAGGUGCCAAAACGGUUCGUUCAACCACCUCACAUGCGUCCAGCUGUAGGACGGAGAAGCUCUAGCGAUGACGAAGUGCCCAUCAUUGACAUGGCACUGGGGAAAGACGAAGAAGGAAGGAAGCAACUCCAUGCAGAUAUUGCUCGCGCUUGUGAAGAGUGGGGGUUUUUCCAGGCAAUAAAUCAUGGCGUUCCUGACACUCUCAUGGAUGCUAUGAUGGACAUGGAGAAGAAGUUCUAUUCUCUGACUUCAGAGGAAAAAGAAGUGUAUAAAAAGCGUAAGACGACCAUGUCUGUGGGUUAUGGUGGUGUGUAUGAUAAGCACAAGGACCAAGCCUUGGUGUGGAUGGAUCGUUUAACAGUAGACUUGCCUUCAGCCAGAGACCUAACUGAAACUUACAAUCUUGUCAUUGAUAACCCCCCUGGGUUCCAGGAGGUGUACGUUGAGUAUGGGAAGGCAAUCUACGAGUUUGCCAAGGAGAUCAUGGCUAUCAUUUCCGAAGUGCUGGGUCAACCUAAAGACUUUUUAUUCAAAAAAAUUGGGGACGAUCGGGCAGCUAUGAAAACAGCUUUCAACUACUAUCCUCAAUGCCCUCAGCCGGAGUUUGUGCUGGGACUCCCUCCACAUGCCGAUGCAAGCGCUCUGGCGAUCCUACAACAAGGUUCACCAGGACUGGAAGUGUUGAAAAAUGGAUUCUGGAUUCCUGUUCCGCCGUGUUCGAAACGUUCAUUGGUUGUCAAUGUCGGCGAUGUGAUACAGAUGAUAAGCAACGCGAGAUUUAAGAGCUCGCUUCAUCGAGCAGUUGUGACGGAAAUAAGCCGCUACAGCAUAGGCAGCUUUAUAAUGCCUCACCGAGAAAUAUAUUUGGCACCAGCUGCUGAGCUCUGCGACGAAAUGAACCCGCCAAUAUAUAGAAGUGUAAAGUACGCGGAGUACAUUCUUGAGUACCUAAGUCGGGGGAUCAAGGACGAUUUACGGGUCGUGGACCUAUUUAGACUGUGUACAUAAGCAUGUGAAAUGGACUACAUGACGGAGAGCACGAACACUUUCCCAGAGUCUCAACGCUAGUUGUCAAUAUCAGAAUGGAUAGUGACAGAUGUGGACAUCUAAAGUAGGAGUGUGAUAUACGAUCUAUUGGGAAAGAAGUAAUCUUACAAGUGUCUUAUUUACUAGUACAUGAAGCGAAUUUUCAACAGCAUUGCUACAACCUGAAUGCUGUGAAGAAUGAGCACAACAGAUACGCGUAGACAUCCAGGAGGUAAACAUGCCCAACUGAACCAGCAGACCUCUUGUAGUACAACACGAAUUUCUCACAUCAUUGACGAGUAACAUAUUUCCUAACUCAAACAAACUUGGCAUGCCACCAGGAGGUGGCCACGAUGAAUAAAAGACGUCGAUAAACUUGUUAUA